UCAAAGAAAUCGAAAAAACCUAAUCUUCGCAAUCAACAAUGGCGACUAAAUCGGAUAAAGCUAUCGGCAUCGAUCUCGGCACCACGUACAGCUGCGUCGGAGUGUGGAUCAACGACCGCGUGGAGAUCAUCCCCAACGACCAAGGCAACCGCACGACUCCUUCCUACGUCGCCUUCACCGACACGGAGCGGUUGAUCGGCGACGCGGCGAAGAAUCAAGUCGCGCUGAACCCUCACAACACCGUCUUCGACGCGAAGCGUCUCAUCGGGAGGAGAUUCACCGAUCCGUCUGUUCAGAGCGAUAUGCGGCACUGGCCGUUCAAGGUUGUCUCCGGUCCUGGGGACAAGCCGAUGAUCGUGGUCUCGUACAAGAACGAAGAGAAGCAGUUCUCUCCCGAGGAGAUAUCUUCGAUGGUGUUGGUUAAGAUGAAGGAAGUCGCAGAGUCCUUUUUGGGUCACACUGUUGAAAACGCUGUCGUUACGGUCCCUGCUUACUUUAAUGACUCUCAGAGACAGGCCACGAAGGACGCGGGUUCGAUCUCCGGGCUUAAUGUUUUGAGGAUUAUUAACGAGCCCACUGCUGCAGCUAUUGCUUACGGGUUAGACAAGAAAGGGACUAAGACUGGUGAGAGGAACGUUUUGAUUUUCGAUCUUGGAGGUGGAACGUUUGAUGUUUCGUUGUUGACGAUUGAAGAAGGUGUGUUCGAGGUGAAAGCUACGGCUGGUGAUACUCACCUCGGUGGUGAGGACUUUGAUAACAGGCUUGUGAACCAUUUCGUGGCGGAGUUCAAGAGGAAGCAUAAGAAGGAUGUUAGUGGGAACGCGAGGGCGUUGAGGAGGUUGAGAACGGCUUGUGAGAGAGCGAAGAGAACGCUUUCCUCUACUGCUCAGACGACUAUAGAGAUUGAUUCUUUGCACGAGGGUGUUGAUUUCUACGCGACGAUAUCGCGUGCGAGGUUUGAGGAGAUGAACAUGGAUCUCUUCAGGAAAUGUAUGGAUCCUGUGGAGAAAGUUUUGAGAGAUGCUAAGCUUGACAAGAGCCGUGUCCAUGAGGUGGUUCUUGUGGGAGGAUCCACGAGGAUUCCUAAGAUUCAGCAGCUUCUGCAAGACUUUUUUAAUGGGAAGGAGCUUUGUAAAAGCAUUAACCCUGAUGAAGCUGUUGCUUAUGGAGCUGCGGUUCAGGCGGCGAUUCUGACUGGUGAAGGAAGCGACAAGGUGCAAGAUCUUCUCCUUCUUGACGUGGCGCCGCUGAGCCUCGGAAUCGAGACGGCUGGUGGAGUGAUGACUGUGUUGAUCCCGAGGAACACGACGGUUCCUUGUAAGAAGGAGCAAGUGUUCUCUACCUAUGCGGACAAUCAGCCUGGUGUUCUGAUCCAAGUCUAUGAAGGAGAGCGUGCGAGGACUAAAGACAACAACCUUCUUGGAACCUUUGAGCUUAAAGGCAUUCCUCCUGCGCCGCGUGGAGUCCCUCAGAUCAAUGUUUGUUUUGAUAUCGACGCCAAUGGGAUCUUGAACGUGUCGGCCGAGGAUAAAACGGCGGGUGUGAAGAACCAGAUCACGAUCACGAACGACAAAGGGAGGUUGAGCAAAGAGGAGAUAGAGAAGAUGGUGCAAGAUGCUGAGAAGUACAAGGCGGAGGAUGAGCAGGUGAAGAAGAGAGUGGAGGCCAAGAACUCGCUGGAGAACUAUGCGUACAACAUGAGAAACACGGUCAGGGAUGAGAAACUGGCGCAGAAGCUGGAUCAAGAAGGUAAGCAGAAGAUUGAGAAGGCGAUUGAUGAGACAAUUGAGUGGAUUGAAGGAAACCAGCUGGCGGAAGUUGAUGAGUUUGAGUUCAAGUUGAAAGAGCUGGAGGGUAUCUGUAACCCAAUCAUCUCCAAGAUGUAUCAGGCUGGUGCUGGUGCCGGAUAUCCCGAUGGUGGUAUGCCCGCAAGCGGUGGCUCCGGUGGUGCUGGAGGUCCGAAGAUAGAAGAGGUUGAUUAAAGCAGUGGAAAACAAAGAGUGUGUGCCGUUGGAAAGUCUUUAUUUGUAUCGUGUGUCUUAAGUAUCUGAGAGUGCCUGUAUUGCUAUUGAAACUAUUGAGAGUACUCUAGUUGUAUGCUUUACCCAAUUUCAGUUUUUUAUUGUUGUUUCAAUCCCUUUUAUAUUAUUUGAGGAGCAUUAAUUUAAACUAA